CCCCCCUUCCCCUCCCCCUCCUACCGUCUAUCCUCUCUAGCUAUUCGCUUCACAUACGCACACACAGACCCAGACGCAUACUCCACCUCCCCCGCCCUCCCGUCUGCUCCUCCCCCAGUCCCACCCGCCGCCGAUGUCGUCUGCCUCGAAGCUCCCGGGCCGGGCCCUAUCCAUGGCGGUCCCCGGGAAAGCCCCUGUCCCCACCCCCACCCCACAGGUGACCCCCUACACGGCGGAGCUAUUCGGCUCCAAUGACAAGCCUCUCGAAGCGGAGGUUGUCUCCUACAUCACCGCCCAGCCAGGCGGCACGUCGCGUCUCCUGGACUGCGACAUGUUGACGUCCUAUUGCAAGGACCUCCUUCGCAUCCGCACCUUCUCCGAAAAGACGCACGAUUCGUUGCAGGCCAUCUACAAGAAUUUGGAAAGCUUCUCCAACCUGACUAUCCCGGUCAUCUCGAGCUGCAUGGAGGUCAGCAGCACCAUCUCCAGCUCGUCUCCGCUGUCGCCGAUGCGCGCGGACUUUAUCAUCCUCGGCAAGGUGCUUGGCCGGUUCUCCGCCCACAUGACCGAGAUCAACCGCUUCACCAAGCGCACAUUGCUGGACCCGACGGUGCAGAACCACAAGGCGCACGAUCUGUCCAGCCUCAACCAGGUCAUCAUCGAUCUGGUCAAUGCCCGCGAUGCGUACACGGAUUCGGUCACGCGCAUGUUCGCCACCAAGAACAAGCACCGGCCGGAGGUCAGUCGCAUCCAGCAGUUGCAAAUCGAGACCACCGCAUCGCAGGCCCGCCUGGACAAGAUGCUGAUCCAGUGUUGCCAGAUGCUGUGCGAUCCGGCGGUCGAGACGCCGGACGCCUUCCGCAGCCGGCUGCGUGCUCUCUCCUCGCCUGCCGGGGCAUCUAGCGGCUCUGGGGCCGAGAGCCCCGCCGCAUUACUGCCACACGCGCUCAACAUCGGGGACUUCUCCUCCUCCCUGCAGGAGGUGGCCCGGCGCCUGAAUGAUGACAUUUCCAAUAUCUACCGCCAGGCGGAUGUGGCCCUGCCCCAGCUGCCGGGCAGUGUCGCCUCGGCGGCCGGCCUCGCGACUUCGGGCUCGGCUUCGGCCACCACCACCCCCACACGCAGCGUGUCCGAGACCGGGUUCGACUCGCACCCGGCCGCCGCGCGGGCUGGCGAUCACCAGACGGUCGGCGGCGCUUCUGGUCCCGGAAUGGCCGCCAUGCGCGCAUCCAUCGCCGUUCCCAGCUCCAUCGAUCACCACCACCCUCCGGGGUCGGCAGCCGCGGCGCUCUCUUCCUCGCGCUCGGCCAAUGACUUGGCCCUCCUGGCGGCGGAUGGCAUCAACCCUUCGCCGCAGUCGGCCUCUUCGCCGAACCCCUCGCGGCCGCACUCGCCCGCUUCCGGCGGGGUGUUUGGCUCGCUCAAUCAGCUGGGCGCUGCGCUUGAUGAUGGCGCGGCACUGGCGGUCGCAUCCAUGUCCCGGUCGCCGACCUCCGAUUCUCUGGGUCCGGUCGGUCUGCCAGCCCUGACCAAGGAGGAGCUCGACGCCGCCAAGACAUAUACGCACUUUGUCGAUCUCCUCGCCAACCCCAACCUCUUGGCGGUCAGCUCGGUCCUCAACUCCCGCCACGAGGCCAACCCCACCGACAUCCUGACUAUGACGGUCCAGCUGCUCCAUGAGCAUGACCGCUUUGUCCCGCUCAUGUACGACCUCAUCCGCUCGGACGUCCUCAGCGGUCAGUCGCUGAGCCUGUCGCUCAACAGCGGCCUCUUUAGCAAGCAUCCCCUCGGUCAGCAGAUGCUCCAGCUGUUUAUCCGCCAGUAUGGCUCUCAGUGGCUGGCGCUGGCCUUCAAUCCCAUUAUCUCACGUAUUAUGGCCUUCCCGCCCAACAGCCUGCAGCUUGACCCCGCCGCCGUCGGCCAGGAAGUUGCCCAUAACAACUCCAUGACCGUGUCCAAUCUGGUUCGGGACAUUGUCACUGCCCUGUCGGAGUCGGUGCAGUACUGCUCAAUCCCCAUCCGGCAGAUUUGCCUCAUCCUGUACAAUGCCCAUGCGGAGCAGCAGCACACGGCCAUGUCGGCCGGCGGGGCCACCCCCCCGCAGUUCCAGCCGCUGGACUAUGUGUACAGCCUGAUGUGUCACUACUUCAUCGGCCCGGCUCUGGCUGAUCCGGUGGGCUAUGGCCUGAUCGACCCGAGUGUCACCCUCUCGCCGGACCUGACUCUUGGCAUGGCUACCCUGUCUCAUGUUUUCAUCACCUUCUCCAUGCGCUACAGCCUCCAGAGCAAUGAGAUGCACUUGAUGUCGGUGGCCCCGUUGCUGCACGAACUCCCGCACAAUCUGGCCACCUUCUGCAACGCGCUCAUCUUCAACCCCUCCACCCAGCUGGCCAGUCGCAUGAUUCGCUCGCAGACUGAUGUCUCCGGGGAGAUUGUGGCCCGCCUGCACUUCCUGGCACAGCAAACCCCGGAGUCCCCGUACGAUGACCCGCCGCCCUUCUGGGAGUUCUCUCUGCGCUCGCAGCUGUCCUCCAAGCGGGCCAAUCCGCUCAUGGCCCUGGUCAGCGAGAAGCGCGAGGCCAUGUUCUCCAGCUUCUGCCAGCAUGCCAUUGGCUAUCAACUCUUCACGCCAGGGCCUUCGGUGGACAACUUUGCCAAGCAGAUUCUCGACCCGGUGGUGGAAUUUGUUAAGAUCGUCUCCGCAUAAUGGGACACAGGGAUGUGUGUGUGUGUGUGUGUAUCUAAGUGCAUGUGCACACCAGCCGGUGCAGUUUGUGCAAGAGUCCGCUAGGCACCCGGGCUUCUGCGGACGCGAGCACGCACCCCUUCCCCCCCCCCCUCUCUGCGAGCUUCCUCCUCCAGCCCCCUUUCUCCUUCCCUUUCGUUUUCCCUCUCAGCGCCGCUGCUGUGCAGUUUCAGCAGGCUGUCCCCGGCCGGCCCCGCGGCGCCAUCGUCCAGCCCCGCGCGCGUGCCCCCCGUGCUCUGUCAAUAUCAUUUCACAUUACCG